AUGGCUGAUAUUAUAACACCCCUGGCUCAAGAAUGGCCCACCAGUAAGGAUUCUUACGAUCUGAUAUGUAAGAUUGGGCAAGGCGCCUUUGCUUCCGUGUGGAAGGCUCGGACCAAAGACACACAGCAAGAGUGUGCAAUUAAAGUAUUGAACCUGGACCAUGUCGAUUCAAAUCUACAGGAAAUUCGGUUAGAAGUCCAAGCGAUGCGGCUCUCUAGUCAUCCCAAUGUACUUCAGUGUCAUACUGCCUUUUGCAACGCCAGUGAUUUGUGGUUGACAGUUCAACUCAUGCGCAAGGGAUCUUCCUUGCAAUGUUUGGAAGGAGCCAGAAAGAUACUGCGGCAACGGCAGCAAAAUGUUUCAAUGGAAGAACAUAUAUUGUACAUUUUGCACGAAACCUUACUCGGGUUAAGAUACAUUCACGACAAUGGUCAAAUUCACAGAGAUAUCAAAGCCGGAAACAUUUUGCUCGAUGGCGAUGGUCAAGUACGAAUUGCUGAUUUUGGAGUGUCGGGAUGGUUAGUCAAUGCGGGAUCCCAACAAGAAAAGGCCAAAACCUUUGUGGGAACCCCCUGUUGGAUGGCACCCGAAGUGAUGGAACAAAUUCAUGGAUACGACUAUAAAGCGGACAUUUGGUCACUGGGAAUUACAGCACUGGAAUUGGCCAAGGGCUUUGCGCCAUAUGCCAAGUAUCCUCCCAUGAAGGUGCUUAUCUUGACCAUUCAGGAGGAUCCGCCAUCCUUGGAUACCUACGACCAAGAGACGGGAGAUGAUGAGGAUGAUGAUCAAGUCCAAGAAGUGAUUUCAAAAUCCUUUGGAUCCUUGGUCGAUCUAUGCCUUCAAAAAGAUCCUUCGAAACGGCCGCAAUCGGUCGAACUAUUGCAGUCGAGAUACCUCAAUGCGAUGGAGGAUGAAAAUCACCGUAUGGAACGGAGAAAUAGGCUGGUCGAAGAGGUUUGCAACCUAGUUGAAAAUGUUGGUUGCCAAGAUGAUUCAAAUGCAUCUUCAUCGUCGCGAAUGCCAGGUAAUGCCCCAGUCUCCAUUUUCGCAUCCAACUUGGAGAAUCGACCAGCAGGUACUACUUGGGUCUUUGAAGAUGGAUCCCAAGUAUUGGCAUCGGCCACCAAUAAUGCUACCUUGGAUGAUGUCAUGAACGAUUUGGAUCAAUUUGGACUCCAAACUGGUGGAGAAAAUUACACUCGGAAACAAAAGGAAGAAGAAGAGCAAAAUCAACAGCAGCAGCAGCAACAGCAAUCAAGCGGAGGGCAAGGAGAUGAUGAGCUCGACGACUUUUUCUCCAACUUUGAACAAAGUACCGGAGGAGAAAACUUUCGACCUACGAAUUAG